CCCAGCAGCACCCUGAUGAAGAAAGCUCAGCGUGUGCAUUUGUUGAGAAAAAAAGCAUUUGGAGACUUAUGUUCCUUACAGCCCACGUGCUCUCUGGAAUGCAUGAUUCUUAUUGGCCAGUGUCAUCAUUCAGUGGUCAGUAUUGGGACCGUUGUCCGCGCAACGCACCAAUCUCUGUGCUGUCGUUCUGACAGGAUCUACUUUAGCCUCUUGUGUUUCAUACGGUACACUUUAUUUAAGAAAGGCACCGUAACUGGCGACAGAAACAGUUACCACUUUAUUACAGACAUCCGGGACUUGAGUAAUACUUUUAUAGUAAACGUAAAACGUAACUUUUUAACUGUAAAAACAAAUCGACGAGAUGAUGGAAAGCAUCACUAAGAACAACGAUGAACCGGUAGGAGGGGUGGAGCGAUGCAUGCUUUACAUUGGUAUAAAAACUUAACAGCGAAGUGGUCUGACUCUGGAUGCCUUGAAGGCUGCUGGUUUACAGAAGAUUUUAACAACAUUUGUCUCAUUUAUGCCUGGAACACAAAUCACCAAGGCUAUUUCUCAGACCACCACACAUCUCUCCAGAACAUCGACGUCUCUGUGUUCCAGCACUCAAAAUAUAAAAGAGCUUCUACCACUCAUGGCCAAUCCACUCUCUGAUCAACAGGAAAAUGACGCACAGCGUCCGGAACAGUCACCUUCACAUCAGAAAAUGAAAAGAAAGCUCAUCCGUUGGGUCUCUUAUAUCGCUGGUGACAUGACUGCGUUUGGUAAAUGGAUGAAAAGACAGUUUAUAUUACUACAGAUUAUAGAUUGGGUAUUACGUGGUGCGGCUCAAGUGAUGUUUGUAAACAAUCCUCUCAGUGGACUCAUCAUAUUCGCCGGACUCAUCCUCCAGAACAGAUGGUGGGCACUGAAUGGUUUUGUCGGCACGUUGUUCGCUACGAUCUCUGCUCUCAUCCUCUGUCAAAACAGAGGCGCUAUCGCAGCGGGUCUUUAUGGAUAUAAUGGGAUCCUGGUUGGACUUCUGAUGGCCGUUUUCUCUAAUGCAGGAGAUUGGUAUUGGUGGCUUCUUUUUCCAAACAUCUUCAUGUCAAUGGCUUGCCCUAUAGUGUCAAGUGCUUUGGCUUCUAUCAACAGUAGGUGGGAUCUUCCUGUAUUCACCCUGCCGUUUAACAUCCUUGUGUGUCUACACAUGGUGGCCACAGGCCAUUACAAUCAUUACUUCCCUCAAGUUCUCAUCCAGCCACGCACAUCCUUGCCUAACAUCACCUGGUCUGAGAUGGAUUACGCAAAGCUCUUCCGCUCGAUCCCGGUGGGAAUCGGACAGGUAUACGGCUGUGACAAUCCUUGGACGGGUGGGAUCUUCAUGAUCGCCUUGUUCAUCUCCUCACCCGUAACGUGUGCACAUGCUACCAUUGGUUCGGCCAUUGGUAUGGUGUCAGGUCUUGCUCUUGCCGCACCGUUUGAGAACAUCUACUUUGGUCUGUGGGGUUAUAAUUGCGUGUUGGCAUGCAUCGCGAUCGGUGGGAUGUUUUACGCCCUUACAUGGCAGACGCAUCUUCUGGCUGUGGCAUGCGCGUUCUUCUGUGCAUACCUGGGCUCGGCAAUAGCAAAUGUGAUGUCUAAUUUUGGGCUCCCAGCAUGCACCUGGCCCUUCUGCCUGUCCGCCCUUACGUUUCUUUUGAUCACUACGGAGACAAAAGGCAUUUAUAAAUUGCCUCUUGCUAAGGUUACCUACCCUGAAAAAAACCUGAUAUAUUUCUGGAAGAUGAAGAAAGAGGAGAGGGCCGCUAAAGAAAAGAAAAAACAAGAGAAAAUGCAGUUAGACUCGCAGAUAAAGAAAGACGAGGAAAUAUUGGUUACAAUGGAGAAGGAUAAACCGGACAUUUGCACUGUGGCCGUACAGGAAGAGGUCGAUGCUAAGAGAGAAAAUCUAACAGACCAGAUGUGAUUUCAUUUAACUUGAGUAUAAGUCUCAUUAUUAUGAAAGUUAAUGUAUAAUAUAUAUAUUUUUUGAUAUUUACCACAUUUAUUUUUCAAGGAUCCAACAGUUUUUCCUUUAUAUAAGCAUUAUGUUUGUGUACAAUCUAAAACAAUAAUUAAAUUAAGAAAGUUUGCACAUAAACUAGGAAUUUACAAUGAUUUAUUGUCCAUAUUUCAUCUAGGAAUGUUCUUUGGAUAUGGUCCAAUCCUAUCAUUUUGAUUGAUGCUUCACAAACUGGCAUUAAUUUUUUGUAUAACAAAAGCAUGAGAGUAUUUCACAUAUUUAGCUUGCAGGCAGGGAGAGACAGAUGCAGGUCUGUAACCUGUUGGGAUGAAGAAUACUUGAUUUUUUAAUGCCUUACCCGAUACAAGCUUAUUUUUUAACCGUAAUGAAGAUACAAAAAUAGAUGAUGAUUUUCAAUAUGAUGGCUGGUCUGCUAAGAUCAAUGUUUUAUCAUCUGUAAAGACCCCUAUUGUAUUUGUUAGUUUUCUUAUUAUUAUUUU